GGCCUCUUCCCGCGCGACGUGGCAAGGAUGUAGUCCCCCAUUAACCUAGACCCCUCCCCAUGCCCCGUGCCCCUGCCCACCCCUAUUCCCCUGGAUACAAGAGAGAGAUUCUAGCAUACAAGAUAGUAGUUGCUGCGUCGGGAGGCGAGCGGACGGCGGAGCGCGGGAGAGAGAACGGGCGUCUGGAGAGGAAGCAAGGCAAACAAACGGGCUUCGUUAGCAUGAGGGUCCCCACCAGCACCGCCAUGGGCGUGGGCAUCGGCGUGGGCGUGGGCGCCUUGGCCGGCCUGUGGGCGUGGAGGCGCCACACCCCUAGGGAGCCGCCCAACACGUGGGAGGAAGUGGGCGUGAUCUCGGCGCUGACGCUGUACCCCCUGAAGUCGGGGCGCGGAGUGGCCGUGGAGGAAGGCCGCGCCACGGAGUUCGGACUCGCCAGCGGCCCCGCGAGGGACAGGUCAUUCAUGGUGAUGACGUCAGAGGGCACCUUCAUCACGUGCCGCCAGGUGGGCCGCCUCGCCACAGUGGUCAUCAAGAUCGAGGAUCAGAGGGUGACCCUUAGCGCCGACGGCGAGGGAGAGGUCACUUUCGAUCUCCAGCAGGUCAUGGGAGACGUGAAGGUCAACCAAGUCAGGAUCUGGAACCAACGGACGCGCGGCGUGGACUGCGGCGACGCGGUGGCGGACUGGCUCUCGCAGCUGCUUUACAAGGGCGAGACGCGCGUCCGACUCCUGUACCAAGGCGGCCUGGUCAAGGACCGGCCCGCCAGGAAGCCAGACUACUUCGAGUUCCCGCAGUUCAGGGCGUCGGACAGGGUGAGGGAGGCGGCAGAACCUGUGGUGGUGGUGGGGGGCGGAGAAGAAAAUAUUUCGUUGUGUAUGAGGAAGAAUUGUAUGUUAUGUCACUAUUUGCUGUUAGCCUCAUCUUAUUAUUGGCUUAUUUUUAUUUUUUUACCUAGUCAUUUAUAUUGGUUCUAUUUAUUAUGUCAGAUUCUCUCUCUCUUCUUCCUUUCUUUUCUCUUUCCUCUCUUUGGUUCACUUCCUAUCAGUCAGUUCACAUCAUCCACAGGGAAGUAAGCCAGGUGCACAUAUAGCCUGAGUUGGCAAUCCGGCAUAGGGACUUCUUACAAAAGGCAUUAGGAUAUGACCAUAAAGCACUAGAUAACGUCCAGGUUUCACUUCCAUAAAUCAAAACCUGAAUGGCAGAAUCAGAGUCUUGAAGAAAUUUAGCUUGGUCC